CCGAAAUCAUCGUAGCGUGAUGCUCUUGUGGCAUGUCUCACAGCCUGGCAAAUAACUGGUAUGGGGUGUUAGCUGUCACAAUUAGUACGUAAGACGAUCGCCCCGCACACGCAGUCGACGCUGCAUCGAAAAUUAGAGCACUAACGGCCCCGCAUGGCAGCGGUAGCCAGGCUGCGGAGCUGCCUGCCAGCUGCCGCAGCCGCGGCCGCGGUGACGCAGGCGCCGACGCGGCCGCAAAAGCACGCGAGGACCGAGGGCUCCGCGCUGCUGCAAUGGCGCUCGUCGCGCGUCGCGCCGCAGAGCGUCGACGGCCGGCCCGUCGCGGACGUCCGCGAGGGCGGUGGCGCCGUUUCUCGCUUGUACGGCGUUAGUAGGAGAGGCUACGCGCCCUACGACCGGAGCAAGAGGAAUCAGGAUGCACUACGCGUGUUGAAAGAUGAGCGCACGGACACGCAAGCGAUCCUCGUGCUCGACGGCCACGGCGAGUACGGCGAGGAGGUGUCGCGUAGGUUUGCCGAUAAAUUCUUGGAUGCCGUGACAAAGCACCCCUUCUGGGCGACGAACAUCGAAAGGGCGUGUCGGGAAGAGUUGGCUCGACUGGAAGGCGAAAUACUAGCCGACAGCAGCAUAGACUGCGCCUUCUCCGGGACCACAGUGGCCUUCGCCGCCGUGCGGCGCAACCAGGUCUUCUGGUGCAACGUCGGCGACUCGCGCAUCACCUUAGGCGUUUUGAGGGAUGGCGUCGUCCGCGCCAGUGCACAACCCUAGUUUCGUGGCGUUUCUAUGUGGCGCGCUGCACCCGACACACUGCUUUAUUUGCGCACAGGUCCGCGCGGAGCCGCUGACCACGGACCACAAACCGGAAACGCCCGAGGAAAAAGACCGCAUCGAGCGCUGCGGCGGCCGCGUCUUCGCGCUCGAGUACGACGAUGGCAUCAUCGGGCCGCCGCGCGUCUGGCUGCCCGACGCGGACGUGCCGGGCCUCGCCAUGUCGCGGAGCGUGGGCGACCAGGUCGCGCACGCCGUCGGCGUGUCGUCGGAGCCGGACUGCGGCGUCCGACGCCUUUCUCCAAACGACCGCUUCCUCGUCGCCGCGACAGACGGGCUCUGGGAGUUUCUGCCAAACGCCGAGGUCGUGGCCCGCGUCGCCGAGGUCUCGUCACAAAGCGGGUCGCCGCGCGCCUGCGUCGACCAUCUUGUCAGAGAGGCCACGGCGCGGUGGCUCGCGCACGAGCGCGUCGUCGACGACACGACCGUGUGCGUCGCGUUCCUCGAGGCGUCGCCGCCUGAUUAGUCCUAUCGUAAAAUGUCG